UGAGCGUUCAGCGUGCCGGAAGAGGAAGAAAAAGCUCUGCUGUCAUUGGUUGCUUCAGCAACGUGUCAUUUGAAUGGUCACGGGAAGUACACUCACUAGCAAGAAGGUAGCCGACGAGUACGUCGUUACAGUGUCAGUUACUGAAUGACGAUACUCAGAACUGUAUAUUUUUGAAUCGGCUGAUUGACAUGCUUUUCAAAGUCUGACACACAUUUCACACAUGGCCUUGUAAUAAACACCUUUACAAAUAGGAAUCAGUCUGAUGAGGGGGCACCCACAGCUGUCAGGAUGCAGCAGAAAAGGAACAUCCAGAUCAUCGAGUGGGAGGACCUCGACAAGAGGAAGUUCUACUCGUUCGGGGUGUUCAUGACGAUGACCAUUCGGGCCACCGUCUACCCGGCCACGCUGAUCCGCACCCGGCUGCAGGUGCAGCGCGGCAAGUCCCUCUACGGCGGCACCUUCGACGCCUUCUUCAAGAUCCUCCGCGCGGAGGGCGUCCGAGGCCUUUAUCGCGGCUUCAUGGUCAACACCUUCACGCUCAUCUCGGGCCAGGCUUACAUAACCACCUACGAGCUGGUGAGGAAGUACGUCUCCCAGUACUCUGAGGACAACACGGUGAAGUCGCUGGUGGCGGGCGGCUCGGCCUCCCUGGUCGCCCAGAGCAUCACCGUCCCAAUCGACGUGGUCUCUCAGCAGCUGAUGAUGCAGGGCCAAGGGGAGCACCUCACGCGCUUUCGCCUCAAUUCCACCACGGAGGCGGGCAAGUCCAAAAAGGUGUUCGGCCAAACCAGGAACAUUGUGGCGCAGAUCUUUGCUGCGGAUGGUUUCCGGGGCUUCUACCGGGGAUAUGUGGCUUCUCUGCUCACUUAUAUCCCAAACAGCGCCGUCUGGUGGCCUUUCUAUCAUUUUUACGCAGAGCAACUCUCUAAGCUGGCCCCCAGUGACUGCCCUCAUCUGCUUCUACAAGCCAUGGCUGGACCUCUAGCAGCCGCUACGGCCUCAACCAUCACCAACCCGAUGGACGUGGUCCGAGCCAGAGUGCAGGUCGAGGGCAGGUCUUCGGUCAUCGACACCUUCAGGCAGCUGAUCAAGGAGGAGGGCUACUGGGGUUUGACCAAAGGACUGUCGGCGCGCAUCAUCUCCUCGGGACCCACGGCCAUCGUCAUGGUGGUCGGCUACGAGUCGCUGAAGAAGCUGAGUCUGCGCCCGGAGCUGCUGGACUCGAGGCACUGGUAGAGAGCGGAGAACUGGCGGGUCGGAACCACACUGGAUGAGAGAAACGUUUAUUUAAAAAGGACUAGCUGAGGUAUCAGACGUCGUGUUCACACCAACAGGUUCUGGUUGGUAACCAGAUGAAGAGUCGGACCCGCGGGGGGGAGGGGAAGGUGGAGGCGUGUGUGCUGUGGGCAGAAGAGGAAUCGACGCCUACUGGGUUUGUUGAUCAGGGUUCAGAAGAAGGUCGAAUAACUUGUUUGUUUUCUCGCCCGGGCGUGAUGUCUGGAUUUUUUCCUCUGGCUUUUAUUCUUAAGUCACUGCCUUUUCAAGAGUGAUCGAGACCAUCUUUGUUUUUUGUUUUUGUUGAAUGUGCGUGUGGAGAAACGUUGGCAUUAGACAUUUCACCCUCCGAUGUGUAGCUAUGUUACAUUGACCCUUUGCUAAGUCCAACCGACGUGGCUGUUUCCAUGCAAAACAGGGUCCACGCACAGUUUCUCUGAGGUACUGGUGUCUCUGGUGAAAGUAGCGCAGUGUUGAAGCAGCUCUGAGGGUGAGGAUUGAGGAGCAGUCUGCAGGGUUUCCUCCUGUAAACGAGUGCAAUACUGUAAGUGUUUAACCCUCUUGAGUUGUGUGUUUCCUGUCCAUUGUGUAAAUACUGUGUCUUAAAGGAAUAAGCCUUUUACAUCCUUUAUUUCCGUCAUGUUUUGGGGGAUUAUCGCUUCAAACCUUCACAUCUUGUUUUUAAGAUUUUUACUUCAAUAGGAACCCCGUUGUGUCUCGUGGUUCUUUUUGGAAUUAGACCUGUAUAAAUACGUAUGUAUUUAGCAAAUUUCCCGAGAAUCGCGGCUCCAUAGGCAUAAACAUGUAAUAAAUAUGUUUCCUAUUUG